AUGGAGAAAGUCGGCCCCACGCAGUUACUACUUCUCAUCAACCUGCAAACAGACAAGUCACGUUCACUGGUCCCAAACGUCCAUGCGUGGUUAAACAUGGAGGCGACUUCCUUCUAUCCAUAUGACACCCUGUUUUUUGACAACAGCACUGACAACAUUUCAGAGGCAUCUGGAGACAUGGAUCUGAGCUUCCAGGAGACAUGUGGCGGAGAUACAAACAGAGACUUCUACAAAAUCUUCCAUCCCACAGUUUACGGAUUAAUCUUUAUCCUGGGGAUAGUUGGCAAUGGACUGGUUGUUCUGGUCAUGGGCUACCAGAAGAAGGUCAAGACGAUGACGGACAAAUACCGGCUCCAUCUCUCCGUGGCUGACCUCCUGUUUGUCCUCACGCUGCCCUUCUGGGCUGUGGAUGCAGCCAAGUCCUGGUACUUCGGAGGCUUUCUUUGCGUGUCCGUGCACAUGAUCUACACAGUUAACCUGUACAGCAGUGUCUUGAUCCUGGCCUUCAUCAGCUUGGACAGAUACUUAGCGGUUGUUCGUGCCACAAACAGCCAAGCCACGAGGAAGCUGCUCGCGAACAGAGUGGUAUAUGUAGGGGUGUGGCUGCCUGCUGCCAUCCUGACUGUACCUGACCUUCUGUUUGCCCGUGUCCAGGAUGUAAGCUCCUCACAAGUCCUCUUCACAGAUGACAGCAUAGGGACGGCUGACUCAAGGACUAUCUGCCAACGUAUUUACCCAGUGGAAAAGAAUCUCGAGUGGACAGUUUUUUUCCGGUUUCUGCACAUCUUUGUGGGCUUCAUCCUUCCUGGCCUGAUCAUCCUCACCUGCUACUGCAUCAUCAUCUCCAAGCUGUCCCAAGGCGCCAAAGGCCAGGCGCUGAAGAAGAGAGCACUGAAGACUACAGUCAUCCUCAUCGUCUGUUUUUUCAGUUGCUGGCUGCCGUACUGCGCCGGUAUCUUUUUGGACACGCUCAUGAUGCUGAAGGUGGUUCCCAUCACCUGUGAGCUGGAGCAAGCGGUGGACAAGUGGAUUUCUAUCACGGAGGCGCUGGCCUACUUUCACUGCUGCUUGAACCCCAUUCUCUACGCAUUCUUGGGGGUGAAGUUUAAGAAAACAGCCAGGAGUACACUGACCAUCAACAGCAGCAAAUCAAGCCAGAAAGCGACUCUCAUGACCAAGAAGCGGGGACCGUCUGUGUCCACAGAGUCCGAGUCUUCAAGUGUUCUGUCAAGUUAA